AAUUGCUCGUAUUAUUUGAUGUAAGUACAAACAAUUUUGGCUAACAAUUGAUAACUAUGUUAUAUAAAUUUCAAUUGCAAAUUUAUUAGAUAGUCUCGUGCAUUUUUAAAUCUUCUAAAGAAGAUUAAAAGUUAGAGUAAUAAAUUUUACAGGUCACAUAAGACAAGGAAAAUGCUUACUAAGGACUAAGACAAGGAUGAUUUAUUAGUCAGAUAGAUUUAUUAUUCAGAAAGACGUUUAUAUACAAUAAAAAGAACAUUUUUUAUUUCCGAUUUAUUUUGAUUACAAGGAUUAUAUAUGCUCGAUAACCUUAUACAUAUAUUUUGAGAGAAAUUUUGUAUAUUGAAAUUUUUAAAUCUAAAAAGGAGAAAAGAGGACAGACAUCAUUGACUGAUAAAGGAGGAUAAAAUAGGAACGUAGGAAGGAUAAAAUAAUUUCCGGAACAUCGGAACACGCUGGGGGAGGAUCUCGAUGGGAAGAGUCGGCCGAGCGUUCCUAAUCGAAAUCCGGAACGAGAGAGAACAAUUAUUGAUGCAGACUAAUUUCACUAUACCGUCGAACAGCAAGAACGAAGAAAAUAAGAUAUUUCUCUGAGAAAAGUCCAUAUCUAAGAAACAAAAAUGUGGGAAAAGUCAAUUAAUGGAUCUUAUGGUGCAAGGAGAAAUCAAAAUGGUGGAAGGAAAGUAUAGCGAAACAGUCGAUAUCUGUACACAAGGUUUGCAACAGAGUCUUCCAUUCAGUGCACAAUCCGCCAUUUUGUACUUCAUUCGAGCCGAAGCUUUGGAAAGUCUUCAGAUGUACGAGGAAAGUUUGUUAGAUAUUGACAGAGCGAUAGAAAUUUCUGUCAGCAGAACGUUAACGGAUAUGUUGCAAAGAAAGAGGAUUGAUAUAUUAAAGGAAGCCGCUUGUUUCGAGCCGCAAAAAAUGCGCGAUAGAUGCCACUUUGAGAAUAUACCACAACUCUCAAAUAAUCAUCACACAUAUCAGUUAGGUUUGAGCAAUGCGAUCGAUUUGAUUCACAAUGGACGAUACUUUGUGGCGGUAAAACCGAUCAAGAUGAAAGACAUUAUUCUAGUCGACAAGUCGCAAAUUACCCAUCUUCACAAAGAUGAUUGGGACGAUGAUCCUACGAGUAACAUGUGCCAUUAUUGUUUCAAAUACUGCAGAGCGUUGAUUCCAUGCGAUUAUUGUUACCAUGCCUUAUAUUGUUCGAAAGAAUGUCGCAGUAAGGCAUAUCAGGACUAUCAUCAAAUCUAUUGCCGGUAUGGAAAUUUAGAUAAUAAGUCUUCGUUCGUGCUUAAAUUGCUCCUGAAAAUUACUGAAAACGGCGUGAGAUUGAAAGAAGCUAUCGAGUAUCACAAAGAACUGGAAAAUAUGAAUGAAGAAAUGGAGAGGAAGGUUUAUAAUCUGAAAGAAAUGAAGGAAAACAAUUUAAGAUGUAUUCUUAAUUUGAGUAUUCCUAUGAAGAAGGAUGACAAUAGGACCGAAGAUAAUUUAUUUUAUUCGGCCAAAAUAGCUAUGCUGCUUCGAAAUCAUAGUAAUUUUAUGCAAGGAAGUAACGAUAUUUUAAGUCUAACUAAAUUACUCUGUCGUUUGUGCUAUAUUUACGACGUAUAUGCACGUAUGGAUUUUAUACCAAUUUUCGAAAGAUAUAUCGCCCUAGUACAAAAUUUGUAUUUCUUGCUUAACCUGGUUCGCCAUUCCUGUUCCGGGAAUACAAUAUAUACCGUGCAUAAAAACAAUGUGCUCGUUCUGCGAGCGGCUAAAGAUAUAUAUCCAGGCGAGCUGAUUACCUUUAACUUCAUGUCCAAAUACGUCGCGUUGGAGUCCAAUUCUAUGCCUCGAAGCAUCAUGUUGAAAAAUUUCUUCGAUAUUUCAUGCGAUUGUGAAGCUUGCGCGAAAGGUUAUAAAUUUAAACCCGAACUCGGUACAAAUAUAGAUAUACCGAAUCAAUUACGACAACGUUUACGAAGAUAUCGAAUUGAUAUUGAUGCUAUGUGGGAAUUGCUUAAAAUAAUUAAUAACAGCACAAGGAAGCCAUGUUUGGAGGUAGAAAUUCUGAAAUAUUCCAUUUCAGAUGCGUAUUACGGGGAAGAAUAUUUUCAUCUGAGAAAACUAUACACUUUACUUGGAAUUUUAUAAAAGAACAUUACAAAAUACCAAUUAUAAUUAUCCUUUUUUAAAUUUUCUUAUUUCUAGUAAAUUUUUUAAAUCAGGGAUUACUUUUAUAAAAGAUUACUUUUUAAAUUGAAAAUCUUAAAUAAGAAUUGUUUUUAGAAAAUUCCAUUCGCUUUAAGCAACGCAACUUUUCGCUUUUAAAUAAAUUUUACUCUACAUUUUCUCAUUCUCUUCCUGAUUGUACUAUGAUUACUGGGACAUCCUGUAUAGGCAUAACAAUAUAAGUGCCCACUUCCCUCUCGAAAUAAUUCGUAUAACAAAAGAAAGGUUUGAUAUUGCAAAUUGCGAAUGAAUAUCGUCCACGUAAUAUAAAAAAGAAUUAUAAAGUAUUUUUAGAAAAAAAGUUUCGUAUAUAUAGUUUCGUAUAGUAUUCCAUAUAUAUUGAUAUUCUAUAACUUCUGUGAUUUGACCAAUUGCAUUAGACCAAUUUUAUAAACUAUGUAUGCACUAUCUUCAAUUAACUUUAGAACUAUCAAACCUGUCAAAAUGACGGAUUCCAAAUUUGUCGUUUUUACAAUGCAAAACAUUAAAAUG